CCACCCGCAAGCCUACCGCCCGACCCGCUACAUGUAAAUCGAAAUCCUCCGCGUGUGCGAAGAAGAGAGGGGCUAUGCACGCACCGAAAACGCAUCGAAUCGCUGCAUGCAAAACACAAAUUACAAACACACACACUCGUUGAAACGGGAAUGAGCAGACCGGUCGGGUACAGCGGACGAGCACAUUUCCGCGCUUCGCCGUGUUUUUCGAAUUAAUUUAUUCCAGUGAGAAAAGCGAUCGCGGAUCGCGAGGUGCUCGAUGGCGAUGGAGAUGCAAUCGAGGGACAGUUCGUUGCGCUGCCUGCCGAAAAGGCCGGCCGUCGACAUCGAAUUCCACGACGUCACUUACACGGUGCCCCAAGGGAGGAAAGGCUCGAAGGUUAUUUUAAGGAGCAUCAAUGGACAGUUUCGAUCGGGACAGUUAACAGCCAUAUUGGGACCAUCGGGAGCAGGAAAAAGUACCCUGCUCAAUAUCAUCGCAGGAUACAAAUGUCAAGGGGCCACAGGGCAAAUUAUAGUCAACGGGGAGUCCAGGAAUUUGAAACAGUUCAGGAAAAUGUCCAGGUACAUCAUGCAAAACGACCUCGUGCAACCGAUGCUCUCCGUCGAGGAGGCCAUGAUGGUUGCCGCCGAUUUGAAAUUGGGAAUAAACGUUCCGAAAUCGGAUAAAAAGAAAGCGAUCGACGAAAUUUUGAAAUUAUUGCGAUUGGAGAAAGCGAGCACAACGAGCACGAAUAAACUGUCAGGCGGCGAAAGAAAACGGCUUUCCGUCGCCUUGGAAUUGCUGAAUAACCCGCCCGUUUUGCUUUUGGACGAACCCACCACGGGUUUGGACGACAUGUCCUGUUCCCAGUGCAUAUCCCUGUUGAAAACGAUCGCCGAAGAAGGUCGAACCGUGAUAUGUUCCAUACACACGCCGAGCGCCAAAUUGUUCUCGAUGUUCGAUAGCGUGUACAUUAUAUCGGAGGGCCAAUGCGUGUACCAAGGUUACGGGCCCGAGGUGGUCGGUUAUUUGUCGGAUUUGGACAUCGAAUGCCCGAGGCAUUACAACCCGGCCGAUUUCAUAAUCGAGGUGUGCUGCAAGGAGUACGGGGAUUACCACGAUCGCAUGGUUUCGGCGAUAGAUAACGGCAGGAACUGCUACAGCAGUAAUGCGGCGGCGUUAACGAUGGAACCGCCGAUCGUGCCCGUCGAUCUGAAGGGCAGCAUAUCCUCCAUAAAGGAGGAGGUCUACGCCGAUUUGAGCUCGUCCAGUUUCGAGCACGAGUCGAAUUGGACCACGCAAUUUUGGAUACUCAUCUCGAGGAUGUGGCUCCAAAUGUGGAGAGAUAGAAGUUACCUUUUGCUGAGGGUGGUUCUGCACGUUAUCAUCGGAGUUAUAAUAGGAACGUUGUACUUCGGCAUGGGGCAAGACGGGUCCAGGACCUUGUUCAAUUUCGGCUUCUAUUUCUGCUGUUUGAUCUUCUUCAUGUACAUACCGAUGAUGCCGGUUCUCCUGCAAUUUCCAACAGAAGUGCAGUUGGUGAAACGGGAGCACUUCAACAAAUGGUAUAGACUCAGCGCGUAUUUCACAGCAUUAUCCUUCUCCACUAUACCGGUGCAAAUAGUUCUCGGUUCCAUCUACGUACUAUUCGUGUAUUUCCUCACGAACCAACCGCUCGAACUCGACCGCCUCUUCAUGUUCUUCCUCAUCUGCAUCCUAACAGCGAUCAUAUCCGAGAGCCUCGGGCUGUUGGUCGCCGCCCAACUCACAGUAGUCAACGCCAUGUUCAUCGGGCCGGUGAUAUCGGUCCCGUUCAUGCUGCUGGCCGUCUACGGCUUCGGCUCCGGCUACGACACCAUUCCGCCGCUGAUCAAGAUCGCCAUGUACUUCAGCUACCUGCGGUACUCGCUGGAGGGGCUGAUCCACGCCAUGCUCACCGAUCGCCAGAAGCUGGACUGUCCGGAGACGGAGGAGUACUGCAUCUACACGGACCUGAAUUUCUUCGUGAAGGAGAUGGGCAUGGAGCACACCAAGUUCUGGAUGGACGUGGCGGUGUUGUGCUUCAUCAUCGUGCUGUUCAAAGGCGGGAGUUACUACUUGCUGAGGCAGCGGUUGAGGCCCAAUAAGACGUUCAUUGCGUUGCAGUAUAUCGGUAGAUUGGUGAAGUCGCAUCUGGGGUUGGCUCGGUGAUGAUGGGGAUGUCGGGAGCGAUUUUCGAGCGGAGUAAACUGGUUAAAGUUGUAUAAGUUUUAUUGGAUAAUGUAGGUUCUGUACUAUUUAUUUAUAUCAAUUAUCAUCAUUUUUUUUAUUUAAGGCAUCGGUUUACUCUUUAAAGAUAGGUAGAUACUUGUAUUGAAAUACGCUCGGUAACAUUUCGGGAUUUGUGAUAUAAAAACGUGAUUUAUUAGGUGCAUAUGAUUAGUUGUAAUAUUCAUGUAUAAUUUUUGAUAUUAGUAAUUUAGUUAAUUUUCUAGGGUAUUAUUUACCAAAGUAGUCUCGUUUCCGGAUAUUGACAAAAGUAUUUAUUAAAGGAAUAACAUCACGAUAUUAUUUUAUGAAAAAAAAAUGUUCGUUUCGUUUCUACUAAAAUAAAAGCUUAUUUUUAAU